UUCUUCUUCACGUACGCUUCAGAGAUCGAUCAGAGUAAAGAGAAACAAAAAAAUGUCAGGAUUCGUCGGGAUUUUAGUAUCGGAUCCAUGGUUACAGAACCAAUUCACACAAGUAGAGCUUCGGAGUUUGAAAUCUCACUUCACGAGCAUGAGGAGAGAGAGUGGUAAGCUUAUAGUAUCAGACCUCGCGUCAAGGAUGGGGAAAUCAAAACUAGUCGGAGAUCAAAACUUAAGCGACGAAGAGAGAUCAACGCUGAUCCAAAAUUUUCAUCCCAAUUUGAACGAUGAAGUCGAUUUCGAGUUUUACCUAAGAAUUUAUUUGAAUCUUCAAGCGCAUGUGAACGCUAUAAUAGGAAGCGGUGUGAAGAACUCGUCUUCUGCGUUUCUUAAAGCAGCUACGACGACUCUAUUGCAUACGAUUAGUGAUUCUGAGAAGUCUUCUUAUGUUGCUCAUAUUAAUAAUUAUUUAUCUGGAGAUGAGUUUUUAAAUAAGUAUUUACCGAUUAAUCCGUCUUCGAAUGAUCUAUUCGAAGUUGCGAAAGAUGGUGUUUUGCUUUGUAAGCUUAUAAAUGUGGCUGUUCCUGGAACGAUUGAUGAACGAGCGAUUAAUACUAAGAGUAUGCUUAAUCCAUGGGAGAGAAAUGAAAAUCAUACGCUUUGUUUAAACUCUGCCAAGGCUAUUGGGUGUACUGUUGUUAAUAUUGGAACUCAAGAUAUUAUUGAAGGAAGGCGUCAUCUUGUGCUCGGUGUGAUUUCUCAAAUCAUUAAGAUACAAUUACUAGCAGAUCUUAACUUGAAGAAAACUCCCCAGUUGGUGGAAUUGGUUGGUGAUAGCAAGGAUGUGGAAGAGCUGAUGAGUUUACCACCUGAGAAGAUCUUAUUGAGAUGGAUGAAUUUUCAGUUGAAAAAAUCUGAAUACAAGAAAACGGUCACAAACUUCUCCUCUGAUGUAAAGGAUGCGGAAGCUUACACUAAUUUACUGAAUGUCCUAGCACCAGAGCACAAGAAUCCAUCACAUUUUGCAGUUAAAAGCUCAUUUGAGAGAGCAAAACUUGUUCUCGAACAUGCAGACAGAAUGGGAUGUAGGAGAUACUUGACGGCUAAGGAUAUUGUUGAAGGUUCCCCAAAUCUUAAUCUUGCUUUUGUGGCACAUAUAUUCCAGCACAGGAACGGUCUUUCAACACAAACAAAACAGAUAUCUUUUCUGGAAAAUCUAGCUGAUGACACCCAAAUUUCAAGAGAAGAAAAAGCAUUCCGCUUUUGGAUUAACAGCUUUGAUAGUUUGCUAUACAUAAACAACGUGUUUGAAGAUCUCAGAGAUGGGUGGAUACUAUUGCAGACACUAGACAAGGUGUCUCCAGGCAUUGUUAAUUGGAAAGUAGCAAGCAAGCCUCCCAUUAAAUUGCCAUUCAAGAAAGUAGAAAACUGUAACCAGGUUGUGAAACUAGGGAAGCAGCUCAAGUUCUCUCUGGUUAACAUCGCUGGAAACGAUAUUGUGCAAGGAAACAAGAAACUCAUACUAGCAUACUUAUGGCAAUUGAUGAGAUACAACAUCCUGCAACUUCUUAAGAACUUGAGAUUCCACUCCAACGGCAAAGAAAUAACAGACGUUGAUAUAUUGGAAUGGGCAAAUGCUAAAGUGAGAAACAAUGGAUGCAAAACACGCAUGUACAGUUUCAGGGACAAGAGCUUAGCCGAUGGGAUCUUUUUCUUGGAGCUGCUGAGUUCAGUGCAGCCAAGAUCCGUAAACUGGAGUCUUGUUACAAACGGAGUAACUGAUGAAGAGAAAAAGAUGAAUGCAACGUACGUGAUUAGCAUAGCAAGGAAACUUGGUUGCUCCAUAUUUUUACUCCCUGAAGACAUAAUUGAGGUGAAUCAGAAGAUGAUGCUUACAUUGACGGCGAGUAUAAUGCAUUGGACUCUCAAAGAACCGCUUCAUCUUAAUAAGCCUACAGGAUCUCCUGAUAACCACUGUGGAAGUCUACUCGACGAUUCUACUUCUGAUUCCUCCAUAGAAUAGAUUUUACGGUGAAACUAUAUAAAUCUUCUUAAGAGUUUUACAUGUGAUGUUAUUAAUUAUGGUGCUCAUUCGUAUUUUUUAUAUUUAUUUUUGGGUGUAAAAAACAAUAUUAAAAAUUUGAAAUGUCAUCGGCGAAUAUUGACAUACA